CUACCGCCGUUCUUUUUAACCGGGACAACAUGGCUACUGCAGCGAGCCGUUACCACAGCGAAGACGGCAGGGCAUCGAAACGACAGAAAACCGACGGAAUGGCCACGGGGUACGAAGACCCACACAAGACCCUUCCCUCGGUGGUGGUUCAUGUUCGUGGUCUGAUGGAUGGCGUCACGGAGGCCGACAUUGUGGAGGCCCUGCAGGAGUUUGGAGCCAUCAGUUAUGUGGUUGUGAUGCCGAACAAACGCCAGGCCCUGGUGGAGUACGAGGACAUGAACGGGUCGUCUACGGCCGUCACUUACGCGGCAGACAACCAAGUCUACAUCGCCGGCCACCCGGCCUUCAUCAACUAUUCUACCAGUAAGAAGAUUUCCAGGCCGGGAGACUCUGACGACUCCAGGAGCGUUAACAACGUUCUCCUCUUCACCAUCAUGAACCCCAUCUACCCCAUCACCACGGAUGUCCUCUACACCAUCUGCAACAACUGUGGCCCCGUGCAGAGAAUCGUCAUCUUUAGGAAGAACGGCGUUCAGGCCAUGGUUGAGUUUGACUCGGUGCAAAGUGCUCAGCGAGCCAAGGCGUCGCUCAACGGGGCCGACAUCUACUCUGGCUGCUGCACUCUGAAGAUUGAGUACGCAAAGCCGACUCGUCUGAAUGUGUUCAAGAACGACCAGGACACGUGGGACUACACCAACCCCAACCUGGGAGGCUCAGAUGGUGAUGCCGAUGGCAAUGGAAGCGGUUCAGAAGAUGUGAACGCCAACCCAAACAAGCGCCAGAGACAGCCCGCCCUGCUGGGAGACCACCCCCCAGAAUAUGGAGGCGGUUACCAUGGCUACGACGAGAGCUACGGGUCCUCGCCUUAUGAGGGCCGCAGGAUGGGUCCCCCGAUGAGAGGGCGCGGCGGGAGGAGCUACGGCCCCGGCUACGGACCCCCUCCCCCGCCCCCCGGUGAGUACGGCGCCCACGCUGACUCCCCGGUCGUCAUGGUUUACGGCCUGGAUCCUUCCAAGAUGAACGCCGACCGUGUCUUCAACAUCUUCUGUCUGUACGGGAACGUGGAGCGGAUCAAGUUCAUGAAGAGCAAACCUGGAGCUGCCAUGGUGGAAAUGGGAGACUGUUACGCCGUGGAUCGAGCCAUCACACACCUGAACAACAACUUCCUAUUCGGGCAGAAACUGAAUGUUUGCGUGUCCAAGCAGCAGGCCAUCGUGCCCGGGCAGUUCUACGACCUGGAGGACGGCACCAGCAGCUUCAAAGAUUUCCACAACUCCAGAAACAACCGCUUCACGUCCCCAGAACAGGCCGCCAAAAACCGCAUCCAGCACCCGAGUAACGUGCUGCACUUCUUCAACGCUCAGCCCGACGCCUCCACAGAGACGUUCUCUCAGAUUUGUGAAGAAAUUGGUGUCAAGACCCCCGUUAACGUCAAAUUGUUCACAGGGAAAAACGGUGCCGAUCGCAGCGACCGCAGCUCCUCAGGUCUGUUAGAGUGGGAGUCCAUCAACGAUGCCAUGGAGGCUCUGGCCUUGAUCAACCAUUACCAAAUGAAAAACCCAGGUGGUCCGUACCCCUACACGUUAAAACUCUGCUUCUCCACCGUUCAGCACGCUAACUAAGAGCAUUUCACAUUGGAGAGGAUGAGGAUCCCCUGAAGUACGUCUUCACGAGUACUUCGACCAUGACUGCUUGAACACGCCUGAGGAAACAUCUUCCAGCUGAUCCGUCGUCUGCAAACCUCCUCAUGUUUGGUAUUAAACACCGUGUUAUCAAAUAACUAGCUUAUAAAUUUCAGAUUUGUCACCCAAAUGUAGCUUAGUCUCCAUUAAGUUGUCCUUUUUACUUUUUGUAUUAUGGUUAUUAAGUAACCUGGCACACCUGGUUUUAUGCUCAGGUGAAUAGAGAUGACAGUGGACAGCGUGGUUUUGUAACUUUUAUCUUUUUAUUUUUGCCUUUUUUGUGUUAUUUUAAUUGCUGAUUAAGUUUUGUGUCUCUGACUGAUAUGCAGAUGGAAAAUUGUUUUGUUCUACAAAAAUAAAGAAAAUCAAACAA